AUGGCGGGGGUGGAACUUCUUUACAAGCCGAGCAGCAAGGCUGUGUUCGACCUAGGGAGCAACCUGGCCACUGACCUCCGUCAAAGAGACAUCGCAAAAAAGACUGAUAAGAAAUAUAAAAAUGGCAAUCUCGGCAGACCUAGCUCGAGCUAUCGGAGUCCUGCUAGAUGGUCGCCCCGGAGGUCCAGCGAUGUGAUAUACUCGCGCAUCGACGAGAGCGUAUACAGGGCAAAAAACGUGCUCAGGGCUAUGAAGGUGCCAGAUGUAGACGUCGAGGGCGCUAGGAAGGAGUACAUACAGAAGGUCGGAAGGGACUACUCCACCGUUGGACUCACCUCGUACAUACUGGCGCAAAAGGAUGCCAAGGAAUUCAGAGAACGCUGCUUCCACAUAUUAUCCUGGAAGCCCAAAGCGUCUCAGGGAGACGGGCCGUUUGAUAAAUCGGAGGAACCGUUCUUUGGCAAUCGCAAAACACAUGCGGGAAAACCCAGGACACCAGACGAGGUACUGCUCGGCGGCCUCGGGAAAAAUGGAUUCGAUCCGAACCCGGAAAAUGCAGAUGGUGAUUACUACUCGCCAAUGAGGAGCAACAGCAAUUUUGCUUACAACGCUAGCAGCCCAUUCGCAACGCAGGCUCAGUGGAGCGAACACACGAAAUCGCCACUGACUGAUGACCAGCUCUCAGAAAAUGAGUUAACAAUUGGACCUAUGAUGGAAAGUGCUGAUUCCGAUGUUGACCUAUCAAGUGCAAAGCGUACUCGAGGUGUACUCAGCCCAAUGGCCGACUCGGCCAUCACGUCAACUCCCGAAAAGGCGUCAGAAGAGUCGCAGAAAAAGAGACUACAAGUUGUAGAGGAGCUUCUCGAAGAACACAAAGACAUUAUACCGCGCGACCUCGAUGUAAAGACGCUCGGAUACGCGGAGAAGCGCCAACUUCUAAAACAGCUUGGAUUCGGGGACGACUAUAUCGCAAAUAGAUUGUGUGAUCGCUGCACGUGCUCGAGUAAGCGAAAGAAGAUGAAGCUCACGCCUUUGGAAGCGUUCAGCAUGUAUGACAGGCAAGAUAUAAACGAGUCUAUGCAGGUGCACAAAGACCUAAGUGCCGAAUUUUCACGAUAUGUGAAGAGCACGGAACCUCCCGUUCUUGUUUCUAAAGCUGCCAAUGCCACCAAAGACGCGUACAAGAACCUCAAGUCGAGGUUGCAAUCGUCGUACAUGGCGCAUUGA